CAGCUGCCCCAACAACAUCUACAGCUGCUCCAACAACAACCACUGAAGCCCCAACAACAACCACAGCUUCUCCAACAACAACCACAGAAGCCCCAACAACAACCACAGCUGCUGUAACAACAUCCACCGCUGCUCCAACAACAACCACUGAAGCCCCAACAACAACCACAGCUGCUCCAACAACAACCACAGCUGCCCCAACAACAACCACAGCUGCCCCAACAACAACCACAGCUGCCCCAACAACAACUACAGCUGCCCCAACAACAUCUACAGCUGCUCCAACAACAUCUACAGCUGCUCCAACAACCACCGCUGCUCCAACAACAACCACUGAAGCCCCAACAACAACGACAGCCACCCCAACAACAACGACAGCCACCCCAACAACAACCACAGCUGCCCCAACAACAACCACAGCUGCCCCAACAACAACCACAGCUUCUCCAACAACAUCUACAGCUGCCCCAACAACAACCACAGCUGCUGUAACAACAACCACUGCAGCCCCAGUAACAACCACAGUUAUGACCACCUUAACUCAAAACAUUCAAAAUGUCAAAGUAACAAGGCGGCUUACUUUUAGAACUACAGACACAGCCUUUUCUGACAAUUUGCUUCUUUCAACCAGUGACAACUUUAAAGCACGAGUUAACCUCAUAGAAAUAGUACUCACGCCAAGAUUUGCAAGACAAUUUCACUUUUUCUACAGUUUCAUAGUUAUUUAUUUCAGGCCUGGGUCAAUCAUGAACACUGCAGACGUAACUUUUAAUUCAACAGAGGUUCCAAGUGACACUGAUAUUAUAAAUCUGUUGGCCAUGGAAGCUCCAACAAUCAACAACUUCACAAUUGACACUUCCAAUAUCACUGUGGAAGACCCAACACCAAUAAUCAUCACUACUGCUCCAAAAACAACCACAGCUGCUCCAGCAACAUCCACAGAAGUCCCAACAACAACCACAGCUGCUCCAACAACAACCACAGAGGCCCCAACAACAACCACAGCUGCUCCAACAACAACCACAGCUGCUCCAACAACAACUAUAGCUGCUCCAACAACAACCACAGAAGCCCCAACAACAACCACAGAAGCCCCAACAACAACUACAGCUGCUCCAACAGCAACCACAGAAGCCCCAACAACAACUACAGCUGCCCCAACAACAACCACAGAAGCCCCAACAACAACCACAGCUGCUCCAACAACAACCACAGCUACAACAACUACAACCACAGCUGCACCAACAACAACCACAGCUGCUUCAACUACAACCACUGUUGCUCCACCUGCAACCAUAGCUGCUCCAACAACAACCACAGAAGCCCAGACAACAACCACAGAAGCCCCAACAACAACUACAGCUGCUCCAACAACAACCACAGAAGCCCCAACAACAACCACAGAAGCCCCAACAACAACUACAGCUGCUCCAACAACAACCACAGAAGCCCCAACAACAACUACAGCUGCCCCAACAACAACCACAGAAGCCCCAACAACAACCACAGCUGCUCCAACAACAACCACAGCUACAACAACUACAACCACAGCUGCACCAACAACAACCACAGCUGCACCAACAACAACCACUGCUGCUUCGACUACAACCACUGUUGAUCCAACUGCAACCACAGCUGCUCCAACAACAACUAUAGCUGCUCCAACAACAACCACAGAAGCCCCAACAACAACCACAGAAGCCCCAACAACAACUACAGCUGCUCCAACAACAACCACAGAAGCCCCAACAACAACUACAGCUGCUCCAACAACAACCACAGAAGCCCAAACAACAACUACAGCUGCCCCAACAACAACCACAGAAGCCCCAACAACAACCACAGCUGCUCCAACAACAACCACAGCUACAACAACUACAACCACAGCUGCACCAACAACAACCACAGCUGCUUCAACUACAACCACUGUUGCUCCAACUGCAACCAUAGCUGCUCCAACAACAACCACAGAAGCCCAGACAACAACCACAGAAGCCCCAACAACAACUACAGCUGCUCCAACAACAACCACAGAAGCCCCAACAACAACUACAGCUGCCCCAACAACAACCACAGAAGCCCCAACAACAACCACAGCUGCUCCAACAACAACCACAGCUACAACAACUACAACCACAGCUGCACCAACAACAACCACAGCUGCACCAACAACAACCACUGCUGCUUCGACUACAACCACUGUUGCUCCAACUGCAACCACAGCUGCUCCAACAACAACCACAGAAACCCCAACAACAACCACCGAAGCCCCAACAACAACUACAGCUGCUCCAACAACAACCACAGAAGCCCCAACAACAACCACAGCUCAUCCAACAACAUACACAGCUGCUCCAACAACAACCACAGAAGCCCCAGCAACAACCACAGCUGCUCCAACAACAACCACAGAAGCCCCAACAACAACCACAGCUGCUUCAACUACAACCACUGUUGCUCCAACUGCAACCACAGCUGCUCCAACAACAACCACAGAAGCCCCAACAACAACCACAGCUGCUCCAACAACAACCACAGCUACAACAACUACAACCACAGCUGCACCAACAACAACCACAGCUGCUUCAACUACAACCACAUUUGCUCCAACUGCAACCAUAGCUGCUCCAACAACAACCACAGCAGCCCUAACAACAACCACAGAAGCCCCAACAACAACUACAGCUGCUCCAACAACAACCACAGAAGCCCCAACAACAACCACAGCUCAUCCAACAACAUACACAGCUGCUCCAACAACAACCACAGAAGCCCCAGCAACAACCACAGCUGCUCCAACAACAACCACAGAAGCCCCAACAACAACCACAGCUGCUUCAACUACAACCACUGUUGCUCCAACUGCAACCACAGCUGCUCCAACAACAACCACAGAAGCCCCAACAACAACCACAGCUGCUCCAACAACAACCACAGCUACAACAACUACAACCACAGCUGCACCAACAACAACCACAGCUGCUUCAACUACAACCACUGUUGCUCCAACUGCAACCAUAGCUGCUCCAACAACAACCACAGAAGCCCCAACAACAACCACAGAAGCCCCAACAACAACUACAGCUGCUCCAACAACAACCACAGAAGCCCCAACAACAACCACAGAAGCCCCAACAACAACCACAGAAGCCCCAACAACAACUACAGCUGCUCCAACAACAACCACAGAAGCCCCAACAACAACUACAGCUGCCCCAACAACAACCACAGAAGCCCCAACAACAACCACAGCUGCUCCAACAACAACCACAGCUACAACAACUACAACCACAGCUGCACCAACAACAACCACAGCUGCACCAACAACAACCACUGCUGCUUCGACUACAACCACUGUCUCUCCAACUGCAACCACAGCUGCUCCAACAACAACCACAGAAACCCCAACAACAACCACCGAAGCCCCAACAACAACUACAGCUGCUCCAACAACAACCACAGAAGCCCCAACAACAACCACAGCUCAUCCAACAACAUACACAGCUGCUCCAACAACAACCACAGAAGCCCCAGCAACAACCACAGCUGCUCCAACAACAACCACAGAAGCCCCAACAACAACCACAGCUGCUUCAACUACAACCACUGUUGCUCCAACUGCAACCACAGCUGCUCCAACAACAACCACAGAAGCCCCAACAACAACCACAGAAGCCCCAACAACAACCACAGAAGCCCCAACAACAACCACAGCUGCACCCACAACAACCACAGCUGCUCCAACAACAACCACAGAAGCCCCAACAACAACCACAGCUGCUCCAACGACAACCACAGCUCCAACAACAACCACACCUGCACCAACAACAACCACAGCUGCUCCAACGACAACCACAGCUCCAACAACAACCACACCUGCACCAACAACAACCACAGCUGCUUCAACUACAACCACUGUUGCUCCAACUGCAACCAUAGCUGCUCCAACAACAACCACAGAAGCCCCAACAACAACCACAGAAGCCGCAACAACAACUACAGAAGCCCCAACAACAACCACAGCUGCUCCAACAACAACCACAGCUACAACAACUACAACCACAGCUGCACCAACAACAACCACAGCUACAACAACUACAACCACAGCUGCACCAACAACAACCACUGCUGCUUCGACUACAACCACUGUUGCUCCAACUGCAACCACAGCUGCUCCAACAACAACCACAGGAGCCCCAACAACAACCACAGAAGCCCCAACAACAACUACAGCUGCUCCAACAACAACCACAGAAGCCCCAACAACAACCACAGCUCAUCCAACAACAUACACAGCUGCUCCAACAACAACCACAGAAGCCCCAACAACAACUACAGCUGCUCCAACAACAACCACAGAAGCCCCAACAACAACCACAGCUCAUCCAACAACAACCACAGAAGCCCCAACAACAACCACAGAAGCCCCAACAACAACUACAGCUGCUCCAACAACAUCCACAGAAGCCCCAACAACAACCACAGCUCCUCCAACAAAAACCACAGCUGCUCCAACAACAUACGCAGCUGCUCCAACAACAACUACAGCUGCCCCAACAAUAACCACAGCUUCCCCAACAACCACAGCUGCCCCAACAACAACAACCGCAGCUGCCCCAACAACAACCACAGCUGCUCCAACUACAACCACUACUGCUCCAACUACAACACCAGUAGCCCCAACAUUAACCACAACUGUACCAAAAACAACCCCAGUUGCUCCAACAACAACCACAGAAGCCCAAACAACAACCACAGCUGCUCCAACAACAACCACAGAAGCCCCAACAACAACCACAGCUGCUCCAACAACAACCACAGAAGCCCCCACAACAACCAUAGAAGCCCCAACAACAACCACAGCUCCUCCAACAAAAACCACAGCUGCUCCAACAACAACCACAGCUGCCCCAACAACAACCACAGCUUCCCCAACAACAACCACAGCUGCCCCAACAACAACCACAGCUGCUCUAACAACAACCACAGCUGCUCCAACUACAACCACUACUGCUCCAACUACAACACCAGUAGCCCCAACAUUAACCACAACUGUACCAAAAACAACCACAGUUGCUCCAACUGCAAUCACAGCUGCUCCAACUACACCCACAGCUGCUCCAACUUCAACCACACCUGCCCCAACAACAAAAACAACUGAUCCAACUACAACCACAGCAGCCCCAACAACAACCACAAAUUAUUCAACCAUAACCACAGCUACUCAAACUACAACCACAGCUGCUCCAACUACUACUACAUCAGUCCCUAAAUCAACCACAGCUGCUCCAACUGCAACCACAGAUGCUCUAACUGCAACCACAGCUGCUUCAACUACAACCACAAUGGCCCCAGCAACAACCACAACUGCCUCAACUGUAACCAAAGCUGCUCCAACUUCAACCACAGCUGCUCCAAUUACAACCACAGCAGCCCCAACAACAAAAAUAACUUCUCCAACAGCAACCAUAGCUGCUCCAACUACUACUACAUCAGCCCCAACAACAACAGCUGCUCCAACAACAACCACAAUUGCUUCAACUACAACCACAACUGAUCCUACAACAACAACAACCGCAGCCCCAACAUCAACCACUGCUAGUCCAACUACAACCACAGCAGGCUUAACAACCACAGCUGCUCCAACAACAACAACAACCACAACUGCCACAACAACAACCACAGCUUCAUCAACUACAACCCCAGCAGCUUCAACAACAACCACAUCUCCAACAACCACAGCUGCUCCAACAACAACAACCACAACUGCUUCAACUACAACAACAGCAGCCCCAACAACAACCACUGCUGCUUCAACUACAACCACAGCAUCUUCAACCACAGCUGCUCCCACUACAACCACGACUGCUCUAACUACAACUACAGCAGCCCUAACAACAACAAAAACAUCGGCUUCAACUACAAGAACGGGAGCCUCAUCAUCAACCACAACUGCUCUAACAACAGCCACACCUUCUCUAACUUCCACCACAACUGCCUCAACAACAAGUACAUCUGCUUCAACGUCAACAACAGCAGCCAAGACAACAGAAUCCUCAAUAACAGCAAUCCUAUCAACACCAACAACAAUCACAACAACUAAAGUUAGUACAGGAAUGACUAUUGUGGUCACAACUGCUCCUACAACUGUUUUAUCCUCAUUUACAAACACAGCAACUAAUGCUAAAUCUACAUCAUUACUUGCUACAAAUACUUCAGCCAACACUACAACAACUGUUCUAACUACACACACAACUGGUCCUACAACAAUUGUAUCUUCAUUUAUAAACACAGCAACUAAUUCUAAAACUACAUCGUCACCUGCUACUAACGCAACAACCAAUACUACGGCAGGAAUUACUAUUGUGGCCACAACUGCUACCACUACAACUCAAGCUCCUGCUCCAACUUAUAUAGUUGCAGCAACAGUGAUAGAACCAUUUAUUCCAGCAUAUAAGGAUAAGACCAGCAAAGAGUUCAAGUCUCUUGAAACAAGAGUGGUAGAAACGUGCCUCAUAAUUUACAGGGCUAAAUUUGGAUCCAUUGUUGUUCGCUGCUUUGUGAUAGAAUUUAUAGAGGUCAUAACACGAAUGAAUGCUACUGAAGCAAAGGUUGGGGUAGAGUUUAAUAACACUCUACCAGCUGCUCAAAUCCCAACGGCGGAUGAGGUCAAACAAACCUUAGUGGAAGCUGCGACUAAUACCAACCUCACCUUCAAUGUCACCUUUCAACCUUCGUCUAUCCAGAUAAAAGAUACCAUGAACAUACCAACUGAAGCCCCGAUUACUAAUGCUACAGUUCCUACAGCCUUUACGGCCACCAAUGCAACUGCAACUUCACCUGCUACAAUGACUGCUGUUACAACUAACCCAACAACAACAACAACUGCCCCUACUACUAUCACAACUGCUGAGUCAAUAACAACACUACUGGUGACCUUUAGGUCUGCUGGAGAAACAUUUACUUCUGAGCUGGGAAAUCCAUCAUCUCCAGCUUUUACAAAACGAGCUUCACUAAUUAAAACAACUCUUGAGCCGUACUACCGACGGCCGUAUCCCACAUUCCGCUCUUUUGAUGUGUUCUUGUUCAGCAACGGGUCAAUCAUCAAUCAUGCAAACAUUCGAUAUGCAACAAUAUUUGUUCCCAAUUUUACUGAAAUUGGAAGAGUUUUGAUCAACGCAGCAGCAAAUGUCACUGCAUUCAACAUCGAUGUUUAUUCAAUUUAUGUGAAUGGCACACAAGUGUCGGGCGGCGUCAACCACCAGAUCAGUCUCAUUACUGCAGCCUGCAUGUGCAGUGGUGUCAGGCUUUCUGACAACUACACACUAGUGAUGUUGGUCGUGAACAAAACGGGUCUUAGAGCCAAUAAGAAAAGCGAUGCCUUCGAGGAGGUGCCGGACUUGAAACCCCCUCCCAUUCACCAUGGUAACACAUGCUGGAGAACAAACCUGCUCUGUGGCAGGCUUGCAGCUAGGUCUUUUGAAAUCGUGGUGAAAGAAUACGAUUGGAGGAGGCAUGUUAUGGCUCCUUUUUCAUGCCAGUGGCUGGCAACCACGAGUCUAAAUGGUCAUGUUGCAUUAAAUCAGCCUCCUACGUCACUGAUCAGCGGAGGGGAGUGUGGUGUGUUGAAGUUCCUGAGGAGAAGCGCUGACAGAGAAAUUCUGAGCCAGUUAAUCACACCUCUCAGUCCUCUUCUCCUUGACCCAACCUCAAUAGUUGCACUUCACCCUGCGGUCUUCUGUGAAGUGCACUUAGAGGACACACACACUAAUAUUGAAUUUAAGACAACACUAAAGUAUUGUGAUAGCGUUCCAGCUAAAUUUUUGUUAAAUGUCUCCACAGCAGUGUUGAUGUGCCUAACAGAACAUGGACGGAUAUCAAAUGUAGCCAUAGCAGAUGAUGCUCAAGUGAUCGCAGAUGGUCCAACAGACACAAAAGCCACUAUAAUAAGCACAGCUGUUCCAAAUGCAACCACAACCGCCCCUACGACAACCACAAAUUAUCCAAUUACAACCACAGCUGACCCCCUUACAACCAUAGCAGCCCCAACUACAAACUCAGCUGCCUUAACUACAACCAUAGUUGUUUCAUCUACAACCAUGGCUGUCCCCACUACAAUCACAGAUGCACCAAAAAAGACCACAGCUGCCCGUCCAUCAACCACAAUUGCUCCCACUACAACCACAGCUGCCCAAACAACAACCACAACUGCUCUAACUACAACCACAGAUGCUUCUACUUUAAGUACAGCAGCCCCAACUACAACCUCAGCUGCUUUAACAACAACCACAACUCCUUCAACUUCAGCCUCAGCCACCCCAACAACCACCGUUUAUCCAAUUACAACCAUGAAAACUUUAACUACAACUAAUGCAGUCCCAAAAUCAACCACAUCUACAUCAACUACAACCAAAGUAUUUUCUACUACAGCUGCCCCAACAAAUAUAGUUGCUCAGACUACAACCACACAUGCCCCAUCAACAACUACAGAAUCUCAAACAACAACCACAGCUGACCCGACUAUGACUACAAUGGCCCCAAUAACUAUCACACCUGCUUUUCCUAAAAUCACAGCUGCUGAAACUGCAACCACAGCUGCCCCCAAACGAACCAUAACUGUUCCGAUUACAAGCACAGCUGCCCCGAAAAUAAUCACCACUGCCCCAAAACAAACCAAGGUGUCUCCAACUACAGCUGGCCAAAAAACAACAAUGACGGCUCCAAAGACAAUUAAUGAUACCCUAACAACAACCAUAUCUACUCCAACUACAACCGCAGCUGCUCCAAAUACAACCAUGGUUGCGUCAUCUACAACCACAGCUGUCCCAACAACAACCAUGGCUGCUCCAACUACAACUGCUGAUUAUUCUGCUUUUGGUACAGUUGCUUCAACUACAACCACAGCUGCCCCAAGAACAACCACUACUGCUCCAACAACUACACUCACAGCUGUGCCAGCUACAACUCCAGCUGCCCUAACAACAACAACAACCACAUCUACAUCAAUUACAAUCACAGCUACCUCCACAAUCACAACUGCCCCAACAACCACCACAACUGCUCUAACUGCAACCACAGUUGAUUCAACUGCAACAACAUUUGCCCCAACAACAACCACAGAUUCCCCAACUACAAUCACAGCUGUGUCAGCAACAAGUAUAACUGCCCAAACAACAAUCGCAUCUACAUCAACUACAACCACAGCAGCCUCAUCAACAAUCACAGCUUCUCCAUCUACAACAACAGCUGCCCCAGCAACAACAACAACUGCUUCAAUUACAACCGCAGCAGCCCCAACAACAACAACCACAGCUCCUCCAACCACAGCUGCCCUAACAACAACAACAACUGCUUCAAUUACAACCGCAGCAGCCCCAACAACAACAACCACAGCUCCUCCAACCACAGCUGCCCUAAAAACAACCACAACUGCCCCAACAACAACAACUACUGCUGCUUCAAUUGCAACCACAGCAGCCCCCAAAACAACCACAGAUGCCUCAACAACAACCACAGCUGCUGCUACUACAACCACAGCAGCUCCAACUACAACCACAGCUGCCUCAACAACACCCACAGCUGCUCCAACAACAAUUCCAGCUGCACCAACAUUUACCACAGUUGUGCCAACAACCACAGCUGCCCUAACAACAACCACCACUAGCCAAAAAACAACCACACCUGCUUUGACAACAAUCACAGUUACUCCAACUACAACCACAUCUCCCACAUCAAUCACAGCUGUGACAACAACCAUAACUGCUCCAACUAAAACCACAGAAGCUGCAACUACAACCACAUCUCCCACAUCAAUCACAGCUGUGGCAACAACCACAACUGCUCCAACUACAACCACAGAAGCUCCAACUACAACCACAAUUGCUCCAGUUUUAACCGCAGAUUCUUCACAAAAACGCACAGUUGCAAAUACUACAACCUCAAAGAACCCAACAACAAUAACAGCUGCUCCAACUACAAACACAGUAGCCCCAACAACAACCACAGCUGAGGCAAAAACCACAGCUGCCCAAACAACAACCACAGCUGCUCUGACAACAACCUCGGUUUCUCCUACUACGACCACAGCUGCUACAACUACAACCUCGGAUAACCCAACAACAACCACAGUUUCUCCGACAACAGCCACAGUUACUCCAACUACAACAGCAUCUUCCCUAAUUACUACCACAGAUGCUUCAACAUCAAUCCUAGCUGUGCCAGCAACAACGAAAGUUGCUCCAACUACAACCUCAGAUGCACCAAUUACAAACAAAGCAGCUCCAACAACAACCACAAUUGCUCCAACUACAACCACAGAUGCUUCAAUGACAACCACAGAUGCUCCAACUAUGACAACAGAUGCUUCACCAACAACCACAGCUGCACCAACUACAACCUCAGAGACCCCAACAACAAAAACAGCUGCUCCAAUUACAACUCCAGUUGCUCCAACUACAACCACAGCUGCUCAGACUACAACCACAGCAGCCCCAACAAAAAUCACAGUUACCCCAAGCACAACCACAGAAUUUAUAACCACAGCAGCUCCAACUUUAACCACACAUGCUUCAGCUACAACCACAUACCACAGCUGCUCCAACUGCUUCGACUGCAACCACAGCUGCCCAAACAACAACCACUGUAGCUCCAAGCACAACAACUUAUGCCCCAACAAUAACCACAGCUGCUGCAACUACAAUCACAGCUACCCCAAGCACGACCACAGAGUUUAUAACCACAGCAGCCCCAACAGUAACCACAUCUGCUCCAACUGCAAAUACACAUGCUUCAACUACAACCACAUCUCCAAAGCUGCCCCAACAACAACCAUGGCUGUUCCAACCACAACCACAGCAGCCGAUACAAUCUCAGUGGCACCAACAACUACUACAAGUGCCCAAACAAUGACAAAUGCAGCUCCAACAAAAACAACCCCAUCUUCCCCAACAACCACUGCUGCUCCAACUACAACAACCACAGAAGUCCCAACAACCACAGCAGCAUUAAAAACAACGUUAUCUUCUAUAACAACAAUCACAUCAGUUCAAAAAGCAACCACUGCUGCUCAAACUACGACCACAACUGCCCCAAUAGCAACCACACCUGCCUCACAUACAACCACCGCUGCCCCAUCUAUAAUUGAAAAUCCCCAAACAACAAGGCGGCUUACUUUUCGAUCUCCAGACACUGUAUUUUCUGAGGAUUUGCGUAAUCCAAGCAGUAACCUCUUCAAAGCACGAGCAAGCCUAAUAGAGGCAGUUCUUACGCAAAUAUUCUCCAGAGAAUUUAAUUAUUUCCUCACACUGAAAGUAGUUUAUUUCACACCUGGGUCAGUUGUAAACACUGUGGACCUAACUUUUAAUUUAACAGGUGUUCCAAAUGACACAGCAAUCGUAAAUGUGUUUGUCAGCGAAGCUUCAACCAUCACCAACUUCACCAUUGACACGGCCAACAUUACUGUGGAAAACCCAACUGUUCCAACUACAACCUCAAAUGCCCCAACAACAACCAUGAUUUCUCCAACUACAACUACAAUUGCUCCACCUACAACCACCGCUGCCUUAACAACAACCACAGCUGUGCCAACAACCACAGCUGCCCCACCAACAACCACAGAUCCUUCAACAUCAAUCACAGCUACAGCUGCUUCAACAACAACCACAGCUGCGCCAACAACAACCACAACUACAACAACCACAGCUGCUUCAACAACAACCACAGCUGCCCCAGCUACAACCACAGCUGUACCAACAACAACAACCAUAGCUGCACCAACAACAACCACAGCUGCACCAACAUCAACAACAGCUGCACCAACAACAACCACAGCUGCACCAACAACAACCACAGCUGCUCCAACAACAACCACAGCUGCCCCAACAAAAACCAUAGCUGCACCAACAACAACCACAGCUGCCCCAACUACAACCACAGCUGCCCCAGCUACAACCACAGCUGCUCCAACAUCAACCACAACUGCACCAACAACCACAGCUGCUUCAACUAAAACCACAGCUGCUCCAACAUCAACCACAACUGCACCAACAACCACAGCUGCUUCAACUACAACCACAACUGCCCCAGCUACAACCACAGCUGCACCAACAACAACCACAGCUGCACCAACAACAACCACAGCUGCUCCAACAACAACCACAGCUGCACCAACAACAACCACAGCUGCUUCAACAACAACCACAGCGGCACCAACAACAACCACAACUGCACCAACAACCACAGCUGCUUCAACUACAACCACAGCUGCCCCAGCUACAACCACAGCUGCACCAACAACAACCACAGCUGCACCAACAACAACCACAGCUGCUCCAACAACAACCACAGCUGCUCCAACAACAACCACAGCUGCACCAACAACAACCACAGCUGCACCAACAACAACCACAGCUGUACCAACAACAACAACCAUAGCUGCACCAUUAACAACCACAGCUGCACCAACAUCAACCACAGCUGCACCAACAACAACCACAGCUGCACCAACAACAACCACAGCUGCUCCAACAACAACCACAGCUGCACCAACAACAACCACAGCUGCACCAACAACAGCCACAGCUACCCCAACAACAACCACAGCUGCACCAACAACAACCACAGCUGCACCAACAACAACCAAAGCUGCACCAACAACAACCACAGCUGCACCAACAACAACCACAGCUGCGCCAACAACCACAGCCGCUCCCACAUCAACCACAGCUGCUUCAACAACAACCACAGCUGCACCAACAACAACCACAGCUGCACCAACA